CUGGUUGCCUAGGGAACCGGGCAGCAGAGAGGCACGAGGAGGGGGGAAAGAAAGCGUUUUCAGGUCAGCUCAAACAUGGAGAGGAGCGCACAGACACAAAGAGGAGGGGAUAUGGAGGUACUGGAGGAAAAAGGAUUGCUGGAGAGACACUGGGGGGACAAGGAGGUGCUCGCUCUGAUCGCAGUGUGGGAUGAGGUGGGAGCCGAUCACACGGACAAGAGCAGAGCCACAUAUGAGCUGAUCUCGGAGCGUCUGAGGAGGCUCAAUAUCGCGCGGAGCUGGAGAGAAUGCCAGGCCCAGUGCAGGAGCCUAGGCCUUGAGAGCAGGAAGAGUGAUGCAGAAGCAAACCACAACACAGAGGAGAACGGCGUGAUCGUGGAGGACUGGGAGGAGGAGGAGGAGGAGGAAGAGGAGGAGCGAGCCAGUGAAGCAGAAGCUUUCUCUUCCUCAGCUAGAUUCCAAAUGCAGAAAGGAAUAAGGAGCAAACUCCACCUGGUUGCAUCCUGCACACCCAGCGUGUCUGAGGAAGGAGGGCGUCACUGGACAGACGACGAGGUGCGAGCCCUCCUGUGUACAUGGGCUGACAGCCAAAUUCGAGAACGUCUGAAAGGAACUUUACGCAACAAGUCCAUUUUCCAAGAGAUGGCCAGACAGAUGCACAAGAACUUCGGCGUGUUGCGGAACUGGAAACAGUGCAGGACGAAGUACAAGAACCUCAAGUACGACUACAAGACGGCCAAGAGCGCCCUAGCUGCCGGCGGAGGCAGUGCAGGGAAAUACAUGAAAUUCUUUGAAGAAGUGGAGGCCAUCCUGUUGGACCGUGGCCUGGAAAAUGGAAGUUCUGAGAUGAAAAGGCGGCUGUACAACGGAGAGACGACCAGCAGCAGGAUACAAACGUCAGCACUUAAAGCAGCGUCAUCCAAUGAAGUCAUCAUAGAAAUUGAUGAUGAUGACGACAGUGAAGACUUGAACAUAGAUGGUGACAUGGACACGAAAUGGAGAGGAACAGGAGUUCAUUCGUCCUGUUCCGACCACUACCAAGUGGUCAUGGUGUCAGACACGGGCAGAAACUGGAGCGACCAGGAAGUGCGGGCCCUGAUCGAGAUCUGGUCAGAGGAGCAGGUUCGCUCCCAGCUGGAGAGCUCCACCCGGAAGAGAGACAUUUUCAUGCAGAUCUCCAGCAGGUUGCUGGAGCGUGGCAUUGAGCGGGACUGGAAGCAGUGCCACACCAAAUACAAGAACCUCAAGUACCUGUACCGCUCGCUCCAGAAAGGGAAAUCCGACGAAACCGACCCUAGGCGAGUGAUGAGGUUCUACGACGAGGUGGACGCCAUCAUGAAUCGCAGUAAAAACAGAUCCCCUGCCCAACAACAGACAACUUCAGGUGCACUCUUGAUGAUGGAAGACUAUGAGGACACUGAUCACAUCAUCAAGGCCAAACAUUUCAAAGUAGAAAACAGAACGUCAAGCCCUGACUCCGUCUCAUCGGAGAGUCUAGGAAUUACAGUCACUGAAGAACCAGUGUCACAACCAAGCAACGACCAUUGUGAGGAUCCACGCCACAGAUUACGAGAAUCUGCACAGACUAAAAAAGAAAGUGCAGCAACAUUGUUGCAUACAAGAGGACUGAAGAGAAAGGAAGUGGAUCAAGAUGUCACAGUGCAGACACCGGCGAAGAGACGGCACAACCACCCAAAUGGGGGGGACGACAGCAGGCCAGAGUUCAAAGAGGAGCAGGAGAGCAUCCCAAUCAUAAAGAUCAGUUCCAUUUGUUCCGUCGUGUCCCCUCAGUCAUCACCAGGGAGAAAGAACUGCAGGCCGCCAGAGAACACAAUGGCGUCAACUUCAGAGCUGCAAACAGGCCAGAAGCUGAAUGAGGGAAAGACCAAGCAGAUUUUCGAGCUGGUCGACCAGCCGGGGUUGGUUCUGGUCCAGUCUAAAGACCAAAUCACUGCGGGAAAUGCGGUCAGGAAGGAUCAGAUGGAGGGGAAAGCUGCCAUCGCCAACAAAACCACGAGCUGCGUCUUCAAACUUCUGCAGGAGGCCGGGGUGAAGACGGCCUUUGUGAAGCAGCACUCGGACACAGCCUUCAUCGCCGCCCACUGCGAGAUGAUUCCCAUCGAGUGGGUUUGCCGUCGAAUCGCCACCGGCUCCUUCCUGAAGAGGAACCCCGGUGUCAAAGAGGGCUACCGCUUUGCACCCCUGAAGAUGGAGAUGUUCUUUAAGGAUGAUGCCAAUAACGAUCCCCAGUGGUCAGAAGAGCAACUGCUGGCUGCCAAUUUCUGCCUGGCUGGGCUCAACAUUGGUCAGUGCGAGGUGGACAUCAUGAACCGCAGCACCGUGGCCAUCUUUGAAAUUCUGGAAAAGGCCUGGGCCACUCAGAACUGCACACUGGUGGACAUGAAGAUUGAGUUCGGUGUCAACGUGAAAACCCAAGAGAUCGUUCUGGCCGAUGUGAUUGACAACGACUCGUGGCGGCUGUGGCCUGCUGGGGACCGAAGCCAGCAAAAAGAUAAGCAGGUGUACAGAGACCUCAAAGAGGUUACACCUGAAGCAAUGCAGAUGGUGAAGAGGAACUUCGAGUGGGUUGCUGAAAGAGUCAAGCUGCUGCUUGAAUCCGAGGCGAUGGGUCGUGUCGUGGUUCUGAUGGGUUCCACGUCUGACAUGGCUCACUGUGACAAAAUUAAGAAAUCCUGCGCCUCCUACGGCGUACCCUGCGUUCUCAGGGUGACCUCGGCGCACAAGGGCCCAGAUGAGACGCUGCGCAUCAAAGCAGAAUAUGAAGGUGACGGCGUCCCCACCGUGUUCGUGGCUGUGGCUGGCAGAAGUAACGGCCUUGGACCGGUGAUGUCUGGGAAUACAGCCUAUCCUGUCAUCAACUGCCCUCCGCUCACUCCUGACUGGGGCGCACAAGAUGUUUGGUCCUCUCUUCGUAUGCCGAGCGGUCUGGGCUGCUCAACGAUCAUGUCCCCCGAGGCAGCGGCACAGUUCGCUGCCCAAGUCUUUGGUCUGAACAAUCACCUGGUGUGGUGCAAACUGAGGGCCAAAAUGCUCAACACUUGGGUUUCCCUCAAGGUUGCAGACAAGAAGCUGCAGGCCUGCUCACUCUGAAGUGCUCCACCGCAGCCAUCUGAUGAUGAUGAUGAUGGUGAUGUGUUGUUCACCUGAAACAUCUGCUGUCGCCAUCAUAAAAUAACUUCCAUAUGCUCUUCAACCAUUCCAAUAAAUA